AUGUCAUUCGGACUCAAGAAUGCGCCACUGAUAUAUCAGUCAGUUAUUAACAACUGUCUGUGGGGAUUUAAGAAGCAGAAGUCGAUCAAGAUUUUCCUGGAUUUCCUAGGUUUGGAUCCUGCAGAGAGUCAAGAAUCCGGAAGGGGCUGUCCAAACGACGAGGUGAAGGGACUCACAGCCUCAAUGACGGUUUUCCAAAGGUAUAUCGACAUGCCUUUACCCAUCGGUCCAGUACUAGGACGCAGUUCUUAUAUCGAUGAUAUCGCCCAUGGCGCGAAAACAAGGAACCAAAGGUGUGAGGACCUGGACACUUUGCUCUAUCGCUUACUUUGCCCAAAAGAGAGUUUGGAAAACGGUCGAUCACAUGAAAUUAGUGCGGAAGGUAUCCGAGCGACCCCAAAAGUUGCGAAGGGUGUUAUGGAUCUACCGUUCCCGAAAUCUCACAAAGGUGUGCUAUCGUUUCUCGGAAGUCUAAACUACUACCAUAAGUUCAUCGAAGAUUUCCCGGUAGUGGCAGCGGUUCUUUAUGAACUUUCAGAAGCCCAGACACGUCAGGGGCGAGAUCUCUCACGAGCUCAUCAAUCUUUCGAACUGCUCAAAAGAAAAAUCGUUGCGACACCAAUGUUAAGACAUCCGGAUAUCCCAAAGCCAUUUGUAGUUAUUCCACACGCGAACCGUUGGGCUGCUUGUGCAGUCAUAGGACAAGAACACGACGAGAAGAUACAACGUGUUCGGUACACGGGACGCGAUUUGAACGAUGCUGAACUGCGGUAUCACAUUGCUGAAAAGGUGGUAGUUGCCAUCCUGAGGGCGUUACAAGUGUUUCGGACGAUUCUGGAAGGCCUACAACUGAUCAUUUACACAAGAUAUUAUGCUCUGAAAUGGUCUAAAUCGGCAGACGGAAGAUGUGUUCCAUGGGGAGUCACGCAUUCACAUUGGGAUAUUGAAAUCCGAAAAGUCCAAAAAGACGAAGAUGGCCUCGCGGCCAUCAUGGGUGCAGGGAUCACACCACGAGAACAUUUAGAUGAGGCCGUCGAGACGCUAAUUCCUCUGAAGUUCGGAGGCCUUCAGUAG